UCGGCUCCCCAAUUUUACAAAGACUUGCCACUCCUGAUUGCCACUCGUCGUCGUCGUCGUCAACUCUGACCUUGACCGAACCGAGCGCCCAAUUUGCCAGCUUACCUUGCUCCGGAGACGCAUCAUGGCCGUCCGUUCGACCUCCACCACGUACGGGACGGUCAGCCUGCAGAGCGGUCUACGUUCUGAGGCCUAGUCAAGCCAAGCGUGACCCGCACGGGCCGCCGGAUGUGAAAAACCCCGAGACAACCCCUGCAGUUCGCCCGCGGGUUUCUGGGUUUCUCGGCUUCCCUCGCUGUGCUGUCGAGGGCAUUCCGGUCCAAACUGCAAGCAUAAGUGAACUCGACGUACUGAGCUAGCCCCAAAAAAACACUGCUAGCUCACAUCACCAAACCUACCGAGAAAUUGCUAUAGCUAGUAACUGCGGUAGUGCAGUGCAGUGCGCUCAUGGGCGCUGGCGAACACAAAAACCCAGGAGCCCAGGAGCCGCCGCUCCCCUGCGGCGGCGAGGUCCCGCGCCAUGAAUCUUUCCACAAACACCUCCCGAUUCCGGCCGCCGGCGUCGGCGGCGGGCAGGUGGACAACCCGUCGAGCUACCAGAUCGCCGGGAGGGUCCUGCUCGCCGUGUCGGGGGCGUUCUCGGGGGUCCUCCUGGCGCUCGUCGUGCUGCACCUCUGCAACAGAGGCCGCCGCGGUGGGGGGCACUCCGGCGACAGCCGCACCACACGCCGCCGGGAACGCCGCCUGCUCCGGAGCCUGGCCAUCGGCGCCGGCGACGACGACCGGGACGGCGGCCCCGCGCCGUCGCCGCGCGGGCUCGACCCCGCGGUGCUCCGCGCGCUCCCCGUCGUCGUCGUCGCCGCCGCGGGCGCUGCGCCCGGGGACUGCGCGGUCUGCCUCGCCGAGUUCGAGGCCGGCGACAAGGCCCGCGCGCUGCCGCGGUGCGGGCACCGGUUCCACGUGGAGUGCAUCGACGCGUGGUUCCGGGAGAACUCCACGUGCCCGCUCUGCCGCGCCGACGUCGAGGCGCCGUACGACGCCGACGGCGCGCAGCCGGAGGUGAGGAUCGAUAUAGCCGGGGACGCCCCGUCUGUGGCGGCGAAGGGCAGCGCACCGGCGAUGGGGAGGCUGCCGAGCGGGACGGAUCUCGAGAAGACGAGGCGGGUCUUCGCUUCGACCCGAUCCGCUUCCUUCUGAAUCUGACAGAAUGGACAGCGGAAGGUUCCUAGACCGUUCGUUCACGAGGCCGAGGGGACCGAUUUUUUCGGAGUUCGGAUUGUUUGUCCACUGUACAUAGAUUUGUUGGUAUACCAGAUUUGUACUCCCAGUCCUGGACUUUUUUUUUACAAUUUUGCCAGAUGAUCAUCAAUGGAUAUUUUGGAUAUUGAGUUACUUCUAGUCUCCUGGAAAGAAAAAAAAAUUACUCCUA